AUGAUAACAAAAAACAGUCCAGAAAAGACGAUAUUCUUAAAAGACUAUGCAGGACGAUAUGGUUACGAUGGAAAAAUAGACCGAAUACGAGAUGAAGAAUAUCCACAGUUAGCAAAUACAAUCUAUCUGGAUCAUGCAGGCACAACCGCUUAUGCGCAGAGUACGUUUCCAGCUUGUGCCAUUGACCUCACUUCUAAUCUUUAUGGCAAUCCGCAUAGCAAAUCACCAAGUUCCAAUCUGACAGCACAAAAGCUAGAAUCAGUCCGCACUCUAAUUCUUAAUCACUUCAACACUACUCCUGGAGAUUAUCAAGUAAUAUUCACGCAAAACGCAACCGCCGCAAUCAAACUAGUGGGAGAAUGUUUUCCAUGGACAAGAAAAAAAAGCUGGUUAAAAUACUUAAGGGAAAGUCAUACCAGCGUCAUUGGAUUGAGAGCAUUUGCUAAAGAGAAUAAAGUCGAAUUUAGCACGGUUAAUGAAGAUGAUAUCAAGGAUAUGGUUAGAAAGAGGAAUAAUGAUCGGACAAACAGUCUAUGUGAAGAUGGUCAAGUUGUCUAUAAUCUUUUUGUUUACCCGGCUCAGUGCAAUUUUUCAGGGAUGAGAUUUCCAUUAAGUUGGACACAGGGAAUCAAGGAAAGAUUCAAGAGCGAUUCGUCUAGAGUAUUAGUCUUGUUAGAUGCAGCAUCAUAUGUAAUGACUUCACAGCUAUCAUUAAAAAAUACUGAGACGUCCCCAGAUUUUGUAAGUAUAAGCUUUUAUAAGAUGUUUGGAUAUCCAACUGGACUUGGCGCUUUGUUGGUAAAAAGCGAGUUGGCACCGAUACUAAGGAAAAGAUAUUUUGGUGGUGGAACAGUUUCGGCCGUUCUUUAUGACACUGAUUACCAGCAAUUCAGACCAUCGUUAUCAGAAAGUUUUGAAGAUGGAACUACAAACUUUUUGAAUAUUAUUGCGCUUUCUCAUGCAUUUUCCACAUUUAUGGGCCUUUUCACUUCAUUUGAUCAAGUUACCUUGCACACGUCAUCUCUGAUUUCAUAUCUUUAUACUCGGAUGUCUUCAUUGAAGCACUAUAAUGGAAAGCCUGUUUGUAAGAUUUUUAGCUCUAGAGAUUUUAGAAAUCCAGUAGAGCAGGGACCUGUGUUGAAUUUUAAUCUCAAAAAAGCUGAUGAAUCAUGGGUAGGGUUUUCAGAAGUAGCAAGGUUGGCAGGUAUGCAUAAUAUACACUUGAGAGUAGGAGGGCUGUGUAAUCCUGGUAAUGUUACCAGGUGGUUUAACGUUAGUCAAAAAGAGUUGAUGAUGGCUUUUCAGUCGGGAAAAGUGUGCGGAGAUGAUCGAGAUGUAAUCAAUGGGAAACCAAUUGGAUCAGUCCGCGUUUCUCUGGGAGCCAUGUCAACCAUUGAUGAUGUGCUAGGCUUGAUUGACUUUGUUAGAGAAUAUUUUGUCGAAACGAGUCCUCCUGUGGAGAGGUUUAGGACUAAACACCUGUCUAAAAACAUGCAUCUGAAUCCAAUAAAAUCAUGUAAAGGGUUUUCGACCGAUCAACCGUGGCCAAUUUCUCAACAAGGCUUGUUAUACGAUAGAGAAUGGAUGUUGAUUGAUGCUCAAUCAGGAAGAGCGUUGAGGCAAACACAAUAUCCCCGAAUGGCUUUAAUCAGUCCAGUGAUCGACUUGAUUAAUAACGUCUUGGUUAUCAGUGCACCUGGACUACCUUCUCUUACAAUGCGACUAAAUGAACUAUCCGAUUUUGAAUUAGAAUUGCGGGAAUCAAGAAUCUGCGGCGACAAAAUUAAUUCGCUAGAAUACACUUCGCUCGAAAUAACGUCGUUUUUCUCUAAAUUCUUGAACGUCUCUUGUUAUCUUGCAUGUCAAUCCUCUUUUUCACAACGUUUUAUCAAAGAAAACCUGAGCUUAACAGCAGACGCCCCGUUGUCGCUAUCAAACGAAAGCCCUUUUCUGCUGGUUUCGCAAAAAAGCUUUGAUUAUUUAAAGAGUCAGAUCGGAUCUGAGAAAGAUCGAGAGGUAGAUUUGAGGUCGUUUAGAGGAAACUUUGUUAUAGAGGGAGCGGAAAAGGCGUAUGAAGAAGAUGAUUGGAAACUUUUAAGGAUUGGUGAGCAGUUCUUUGAGAUUCUUGGUCCUUGCACUCGUUGCCAAAUGAUAUGUAUCAAUCAAGAUACUGGUGAGCGUACCCGCGAUCUUUAUUCAAGUUUGGUGAAAUGGCGAUCUACAAAU